CACACCCCUGUUUUUCUGUUCAUCCCCUCUCUCUCUAUCUCGUGAUUUUUGGAUUCUUCUCUGAGAAAAAUAAUCUUAUCCUUCCGUGAAUUCAUCCAUCUUCCCGGAAUGAUAAUGGGUUGACCCCAGAUCCAGCAAUGACGUCAUUUCCGGGUGAUUUCGCCGGCGCCAUUGCCGUCAUCUUGGUUCUUUCCUUCCUCUGCUUCUCCGGCAGUGCGGCCACCACUCAGUUUGACUUCGGGACCUUGACUCUGAGCAGUUUGAAGCUCCUUGGCGACGCGCACUUGUCCAAUAGCACCGUGCGCCUCACGCGCGACCUCGCAGUGCCCAAUUCCGGCGCCGGGAGGGUGCUGUACGCCAGACCGGUCAGGUUCCGGCAGCCCGAAUCGAACACUCCGGCGAGCUUUUCGACUUUUUUCUCGUUCUCGGUGAUUAACCUGAACCCGUCUUCCAUCGGGGGCGGCCUUGCUUUUGUCAUCACUCCCGAAGAUGAGGCGGUGGGAGACGCCGGCGCGUACAUGGGAAUCAUGGACUCAACGGGGGCGGCGAGCGCCGCCGUGGCGGUGGAAUUCGACACUUUAAUGGACGUGGAGUUUAAAGACGUCAACGGGAACCACGUUGGCUUGGAUUUGAACUCGAUGGUAUCUUCUCAGGUGGGGGAUCUCGACGCCGCCGACGUGAAUCUGAAAAGCGGUGACCUGGUCAACUCGUGGAUUGACUACUCCGGGUCGACUCAGUUACUCAACAUCUCCGUAUCUUACUCUAAUCUGAAACCAAAGUUGCCAUUUUUAUCAAUCCCACUGAACCUAGCCCAUUACGUGAACGAUUUCAUGUUCGUCGGAUUCUCCGGGUCAACCCAGGGGAGCACAGAGAUCCACAGCAUCGAAUGGUGGAGCUUCACCUCCUCAUUCGAGCCGGAUUCCAAAUCGCCGACCUCCAGUACCCCUCCGCCGCCGCCUCCAACCACCACCACUUUGAUGAACCCCACGGCGAACUCUGUACCAGCACCUCCGCCUACCAUAGCUCCAUCCGAGUCAAGCAAUAUCAACACAACCGCCGCCGCCGUCCGGGAUAACAGCGGCAGAAAGUGCCACAACCAGCUGUGUAAGCAAGGGACAGGGGCGGUCGUCGGAGUGGUCACGGCGGGGGCAUUCUGUUUAGCAUUUGCAGCUCUGUCCCUUGUCUGGUUUUACUCGAAGAAAUUCAAGAGAGUGAAAACCCGGGAAUCUUUUUCAUCAGACAUUGUUAAAAUGCCCAAGGAAUUCAUGUACAAAAGCUUAAAAUCCGCAACAAAAGGCUUCGAUUCUUGCCGGAUCAUCGGGCACGGCGCGUAUGGCACCGUGUACAGGGGAACACUGCCGGAAACCGGCGAAGUCGUGGCAGUUAAGAGGUGUAGUCAUGCCGGAGGACAGGGAAAAACAGAGUUUUUAUCAGAAUUAUCCAUAAUUGCCACACUCAGACACCGGAAUCUUGUUCGGCUUCAAGGAUGGUGUCAGGAGAAGGGUGAAAUAUUGCUAGUCUAUGACCUUAUGCCAAACGGGAGCCUGGACAAGGCGUUAUUCGAGUCGAGAAUGACUCUCCCGUGGCCUCAUAGGAGAAAAAUUCUCUUAGGUGUUGCCUCAGCAUUGGCAUAUCUACACCAAGAAUGUGAGAAUCAAGUGAUCCACAGGGACAUCAAGACGAGUAACAUAAUGUUGGAUGAAGGGUUUAACGCUCGGGUUGGGGAUUUUGGGUUAGCCCGAACCGUUGAGCAUGACAAAUCUCCAGACGCGACCGUGGCAGCCGGGACAAUGGGUUAUUUAGCGCCUGAAUAUCUUUUGACAGGCCGAGCAACCGAGAAGACCGAUGUAUUCAGUUACGGGGCAGUGGUUCUCGAGGUGGCAAGCGGGAGGAGACCGAUAGAGAAGGAAGGGGAGAAGAGGGUGGGGGUGAAUGGGAACUUAGUGGAAUGGGUUUGGGGCUUACACAGGGAAGGGAAGUUACUCUCAGCUGCUGAUUCAAGAUUGGGUGGUGAGUUUGAUGAAGGGGAGAUGAGAAGGGUUCUGUUGGUUGGGUUAGUCUGCUCACACCCUGACCCAAUGGCUAGACCCACAAUGAGGGGAGUUGUUCAGAUGCUGGUUGGAGAGUGUGAAGUGCCAUUAGUCCCUAUGGUCAAGCCUUCCAUGAGUUACAGCACUUCUCAUCUCCUUGAGACUCUCCAAGACAGUGUUUCUGACUUGAAUGGUUUGAUUGUCUUUUCUCCUUCUUCCUCUGAGAACAGCUUCAAUGCUGCUGGUGCAAUGGAUAAAUUGGAUAUAGUCUAAGGGCAAAUUAGUAAUUACACGAGGGGUAUUAGCGGGAUUAGCGGGAUUUUUACUUAAUAUUCAUUUAUUUAAUCAAUUAGCAUCAUUAGAGUUGUUGUUUGUACUUUGUAUAGUGUAAAACAAAACAAUAGUAAGUUUAGUAACAAUUAGUCCAUUAAUGUGCAUGACUACAUGCCCAGUUUUUGUUGGUAGUGAUAAUAAUAAUGGCUCUCCAAUAUUUAAGUUGCAAGUCAAUAACUUGUAGGACUUAAAAUAUGACCUUUGUGUAGCUCUGUUUCGUGCA